AUGAAAAAUAAUGGUGUGCAUGGAAGGUUUUCUGUUCAUCAUCGCCAACAUAAGCAUCAACCUCUCUCACUGUCUCAAGGCAGUAAACGACAUUUGAUUUGGUAUAUUCAUACGGAGGUGAGAGGUCAGAUAGAGAGGUUCUACUGGUUCGCAGAGCCAUUAAACUGCAUCUGUCUUCGAUGCUUUCUUCAAAAUUUCUUAUAUAUGUACGCAUCAUUAUUCCAAAGAGGGGAAGAACAUGUGAGGCUUCCAAGCCCUAAUUCCAUUCAAGGGACAACAACAUCUUUUAGUUCAUCAGCAUCACUUGACAAUUCUUUAUCUGGGGUGUACAGAUCACCUCCUAGACCUUUACCUUAUGAUGUUGAUCCUAGGUAUAUUCGUCUUCAAAGAGAUGGACUUGUUUCUAGAAGGGAGAAAGGCUCAAGUCGUUCACAGGAAGAAGGUGAACCAUUAAGAGGAAGUGAUAGUGAUACAGAAACUGAUCCUUUAUGUGCUGCUGGAAACAAAUGGAAUAAUAAUAGCUCCACUUGUGAAGAUGGAACAAAAGGGUUACAGACAAAAUCUUCUUUAAAGUUUUCAAACACAAAAGAGUCAACUGGAUAUGCACAUAUAUUUUCUUCAUCCGAAGAUGAAGACGUUUGUCCAACAUGUCUUGAAGAAUAUACUACAGAAAACCCUAAGAUAGUUACAAAGUGUUCGCACCAUUUUCACCUUGGUUGCAUAUACGAGUGGAUGGAAAGAAGUGACAGCUGCCCUGUUUGUGGCAAGGUGAUGGCAUUUGAUGAGGAGACUGUUUAGGCUUUUAACAUGAAGUGGUGCUGCUAUAAAUAUAAUCGCGACCACAAAAGAAAUGAAGAUGAUAAAGAAACCAAGAAAACAGCUUGUAAAUUCUUUGUGAAUACCCACCCGCAUGUUACCAGUGUUUUUUUUAUUAUCAUGUAUAAAAAUGGAUUAAUUGUUCCAUAUAAUUUCACACGUUUUCUUACACUCAAUUAUGGAA